UUUUCUUUCUGUUGGAAACAAUAACCAUCACCAAUUAAAUAAUAACCAAAAAUCGGAUACUGAACUUAAUUUUACCCCCGAAAAUUCAACAAAUUUUACAACAGUCGACGGCUAUUUAAGACCCGAAUCUGCAGCUUCAGAACGGUCCAGGACCUCUUCCUAUUCUUACAAAAAAUCAAAAACUGGAAAUUUUUUGGGGAAAAUGAUUGGACAGAAACAUUCAAAAAUAAAGAAUCGUCGUGAGUCUUCCAUCGGGCUAAGCAAAAUAAAUUUGGAAUUAAAUUAUGAUAAUGAACAGUUUAAAUUGGUUGUGAAUAUUGUUGAAGCAACAGGCCUAUUACCAAUAAGUAAAGACGGCUAUGCAGAUCCCUAUAUAACUCUACGUUUAAUUCCAAUAGAAGGGCAAAGAGGAUUGGCAUCUGCUGGAAGUAUAUCCCCAGGAAAGGGAGGAAGGAAACAAACCAAAAUUGUGGAGAAUUGUUUAAAUCCAAUAUUUAAUGAAAUAUUUGAAUUUGGUUUUCACUUUUCUGAAUUGGCUUAUUUUAAAUUAAUUUUAACUGUUAAAGAUGCAAGAAAUUAUGGAAUAUUUGAAAAAAGAGCGGUCCUUGGAACGGCAGAAAUUCCUCUAAAAGACGUAGAUCCGUCAAACCGAAAAACCAAUUUAUGGCUAGAUUUAAUUAAUUAA